CGGGAGGCGGAAGUGACGGUGCGUUCGUGUGGGAGUGAGGUGGCUGCUGCACCGCGGGUGGGGAUGAUGUUGGGCCCGGGCGGAGGGUCCAGUUACUUUUACCUUCUCCUGCUCGGCGCUUUUAGCCGGGUCAGCAUCGCCGCCGAGGUGUCCAAAUGGAAUAUUCCAGUUACGAAGUUGAUUUCUAAUCACACAUUCAGGAAGACUCUUUUCAACGACACAACAAUUUAUUUGCGCUUUCUCAGUGAAAAGAAAGCGUGUGAUUCCUCGCUGACGUUUAAUAUCUCCUGGUACCUCAGGUAUUCGCACUGCUACAAUGAAGUUUUCACCAUGCCAGAUGAGCAGAAUGAUGUAUACUUUGAAAAUAACAGAGAAGUCCAUGAAGGAUGGUCUGGAAGCUAUGCUCAAAAUUACUUCGUUGUUGAGAACUGCACAGAGCUCUUUAAGCCACAGACUUACCAUCCAUCUUUGAUCCAAGUGAAGAAAUUGGAGCCAGUGAAGGAGAAUCCAAGAAGUGCACAAGAAGGCGACAAAGACAAUGCAACAAUUUUGCCUCCGGUCUCUGGGACUGCGGUUCCUGGCAUAUUCAGAAGUUGGGAAGAUGGACCAUAUUUGUUCAUAAUUAAAAUCCAAAUAUCACAUAAGGAGGCAAAGAAUCCAGAAAGCAGUCAAAGCACCAAAUCCACAGGAAAAGUAGUUGCUCCAGUGAAAAAUGACAGUAAGGGGAAUGGAAAAACAAAGAGAGAAGCUGCAGCGACAAAGCAGGAUGAUUUGUCUCUCACAAUGAUUGUUGAAAUGAAAGGACAAUAUGAAUAUAUCUCUCCAGUAGACUGGCCUUGCAUGAUGUUUUUUAUGGUGAUGUGCAUCGUGUACGUGCUGUUCGCAGCCUUGUGGCUUUUCUGGUCUGCCUGCUACUGGAGGGACCUGCUGCGAAUCCAGUUCUGGAUCGGUGCAGUCAUCUUUCUAGGAAUGUUGGAGAAGGCGGUCUUUUAUGCAGAGUACCAGAGCAUCCGCUACAAGGGAGAGUCAGUGCAAGGAGCAGCAAUUUUUGCGGAAUUACUCUCUGCUCUGAAACGAUCUUUGGCUCGUGUUCUGGUCAUCAUAGUCAGUCUCGGAUAUGGAAUUGUGAAGCCUCGUUUGGGUGCUAUGUUGCAUAGAGUCGUUGGUGUUGGCCUCCUUUAUUUAAUUUUCUCAGCGAUAGAAGGCUACCUUCGGGUUACUGGAGUCCCAUUUGUUUCCUUGGCUCUUAUAGGGAACAUCAGUCUCUCGAUCAUCGACACCUGUAUACUCUGGUGGAUAUUUAUCAGCUUGACCCAAACGAUGAAGAUGUUAAAACUGCGAAGGAAUGUUGUGAAGUUAUCCUUGUACAGACAUUUCACAAAUACGCUCAUCUUUGCUGUGAUAGCAUCAAUAUUUUUCAUUAUUUGGACAACAAAGAAGUUCCGGCUCGCAGACUGUCAAUCGGACUGGAGAGAACGGUGGAUAGAUGAUGCGUUCUGGCGAUUGUUAUUUUCCGUCAUUCUGUUGGUUAUAAUCAUCUUGUGGAGGCCAUCAGCAAACAACCAAAGGUUUGCUUUCACCCCUCUUACCGAUGAAGAUUACGAUGAUGACCUCAAGGAGCCAAUGCUCAAUGAAGCUUUUGAGGGAAUGAAGAUGAGAGGGACAAAAGCAGAAUCCAAUGGCACUACAAAACUAAGUAAAGUGGAUGAAGAUUUGAAGUGGGUUGAGGAGAAUGUCCCAUCUUCCAUGGCAGAUGUAGCUCUUCCUGCCCUCCUGGACUCCGAUGAGGAAAUUAUGACCACAAAAUUUGAGAUUUCGAAAAUGGAGUGAAAAUGAAGAUGAGAAAGCACCACACUUGUUUUGAUGCAAUAGAUAUCCAGGAGAAUAUAUCUUUGGUCUGCACACAAACACUGGAAUUGUUCGGUGUCACGUGGUUUCAAUGGGGUUGGGUGGGAAGAAGAGUGUACUUUAUACGUUGAAGUGCAAUUCUGAUUUUUAUUUUUUUAAACCAAGUUAGUUAUUUUGCUCGUACUUGUCAUAGGUGUCUGAUUUGGAUGGGCUUAUACUUUGGUGUUCAGGUAAACCUAAGGGCUGGUCUACAACUAUUCCUAAUCAAGCUGAUCCACAAAGGACAAGCCAGUUAACCUGUUUGCCCUUCCCUCUUCCUUUCCAACCCUAUGCUGCCAAAUGAAGUAUUUGUACUCCAGUACUCCAAAUUUAUUUUGUAUGGGACUUCUGAGGAAGGGUCAAGUUUUCGAGACACUGGACUGUACAGCCGGAUAUGUUAUAGAUAGCUAGCUGUGCUGGCACCUUGGAUGGCGAUUCCAAUCUCAUUGGAAGUGGUAUUAAAAUGAAGUUUUGUAAAUCUGGUUUUGGUGCAGCUUGGUAAAACUAUCAAGGGAGCUUGUGAUUUUGUCUCAAAUUAAAUAAAGAAUCGUAGGGGUUAAA